UUGCAGUCGUGGUAGUGGCAGUCAGACUUAGGAAACAUUCCAGAAAGAUCUGCCUGGUGAGUUAUUAUUAUUGGUUCUGGUGUGUCCGUGAUAAGGGCCUUGGCUCUUUCCAGUACUAGGUGUGGUGGUGACGUUAAACCUGCCUAGCCCAGUCCUGCUGUUUGUAGUUUUUAAAUGUCACUAUGUGAGCGGAUUCACUGUGUAAACGGAGUCUUCAACAGAGUCUUCUCUACGCCUCUCUCUGUCCGUCUGCUCCAGAAGCUCUGGCUGGGCUCUGUCUGGGUGCUAUGGUUUCGGGAAGAUGAUGCGGGCCACUGGAAUCAACGUUGCACUGGGACUGGCCGCAGGCUACCUUUUUGGUGCCAUGGCAACCGAAGUGAUGAAACUCCUGGGCGUGGCAGUCACCACACCGUGGUUACAGGAGACCAUAGCCAACAGUGAUGAACCUCAGUGCGGCUUCCUGGUAAUAGUGUUCCAUAUGGGCACCGUUGCAGUGCUGUUUGCAUUUCUACUGGCGAGUCUGACGGGACCCUCGGCCUACAGGGCUAUGGGAGAGCACAGGGGAGAGGUGUCCAGGGCUAUGGGACACCACAGGGGAGAGGUGUCCAGGGUUAUGGGAGAGCACAGGGGAGAGGUGUCCAGGGCUAUGGGACACCACAGGGGAGAGGUGUCCAGGGCUAUGGGAGAGCACAGGGGAGAGGUGUCCAGGGCUAUGGGACACCACAGGGGAGAGGUGUCCAGGGCUAUGGGACACCACAGGGGAGAGGUGUCCAGGGCUAUGGGACACCACAGGGGAGAGGUGUCCAGGGCUAUGGGAGAACACAGGGGAGAGGUGUCCAGGGCGAAAGCCCUCUGCCUGGCUGCUACAGCUGCUCUUCUAGGACUCAUGGUGUCUGGAGCCACUGUGGGCGCCAUAGAAGGGAAAAUGGCCGAGACAUUUCCCAUCGUUUUCAUAUAUUUUGUAAUUCCUCUGUUUCAAAUAUCGUGUCAGAUGAUGUUUCUUACUUUUAUGCGCUUUUGUGAAUUUAAUUCUGUUGUCCAAAGUUCCAUCCUUGCGAUAUUUGCUGUGUUUUAUCCAAGUUCUUUAAUGUGUGUUUUCACAGUAACUUCAACUUCCUUAGGACCAGGUUUAAGCUUGACAGUCAUCAUACUAUUAGCUGCACUGCAUUUGUUGCUUAUCUGUCCUGUCUCAUCAGGCGCAAACUGCAUACCUUGCUUUAGUCUGUUGCUUACCAUGCUAGCAGCCAGAAACGUCUUACACGAUGGGGAGUUUUUGUCCAUAAACCCAAACGUGAACGUGACGGUGAACACACACAUAGUUGAGGGCAUCUUCACUGGCAUGAUGGGGACACAACUGUUAGCUGUGGGCGUUGGGGCAUAUCUGCUCUUAUCAUUGGAUAUCAGGGAGGGGGGUAGAUUGAUGUCUGCUGGGGCUGUAGCUGGUGGAUGGGUGGUUUGGGGGGUAGUUGGGAGGACCCUUGCCCUGCUGGGUACGUGGGGCAGUUUAGGGGCGCUGCUGGGGGCAUCAGGGGCAGUUGGGUGUUAA